CACCAUUUGUCGCAUUUCAACUUAUCAACUUAUCAACCGAUCAACUUUCCUCCUUGAUGUUCUUGUCCUCCAGCGACCACCGAAUCUUUCGAGAUACACACGAUUACGGCCGCUUCAAACAUUCCCGGAUACUGACGAACGAGCCUUAUUAAAAUACGGGAAAUGACGUCGGGAGAAUGGAGCGAUCCCGAAUACGACAUCCCUCUUCAAGAUAAACGACCGUUUGGAUCGGGACUGAAGCGUAAACGGGUAGUCUUUGUCCCUGCCUCUUCAGGCAAUCUUAAUACUACAGAAGAGACGAGUCCUGCGAAGCCUUCGCAGUCUAUAUCCGAUCUAUAUUUGAGUAUAGUAUUGCCCAAGGAGAAGGAGAAUGGUCAGACAACCCAGGCAGAAGGUUCAACCCCUCCUCAGAUAUGUGAAAUCUGUCAGCUACCACUAGAUGAAAGUCCCGAGUCUAGCGAAAUGGCCAAGGCGAACUCCAGACCCCAUGAAGCGUCGAUAGCUCAUCAAGUAUGCAUCGCGCAUUCGCACCCACCAUCGGCAUUAGAUCGCUCACGAAUGGGGUUAAACGUACUUCAAUCCCAGGGUUGGGAGCCAGACUCGCGAAAGGGGCUCGGUGCUGAAAACCAAGGCAUGCAAUAUCCUAUCAAAGUAAAGCCGAAGAAUGAUACUCUAGGAAUAGGCGUUGAAAUUCCUAAGAACCUACCAGUGAAGAAGAAGGAAAAGGUUCAGACCUAUGACGCUGGAAAGAUACGGAAAAUGGCCUUAGAAGACAAGAAGCGACAUGAAAGGUUACGGCGACAGUUUUACGGUAACCCAGACGUGGAGAAAUAUUUGGGCACUGGAUAGGACACGGAACAUACCUCCAAUUUGUGGCCUAAAUUUUUCUGCUUUGACACGAACAAUUUAUGAGGAAUGCUUUGGGAAGCGAUAGAUCACUAAGAUACCCCUUUUUUAUAUCGUCUGGUUUAAUGAAUUGCUUAUGAAAAUACAGUUUAUCUUACUGCAAUUUAGACGUAGUGAUCUAAUGUUAACUGUCAUGAUGAACUUUAUAAUGAAC